CCAUGGCCACGGUUCUGGUCAAUCAUUAAUGUUUGAUAACCAAAAUGCACCCUUAAGUAAGCGCGGGGCUGCAGAUGGUGAGACCACUAGCAGUGGAGAUGAGAGGUGCCUUGGAACACCUUGGUCUGAAGGGACAGAAUUUGUUUUUGUCUUGAUUUCAACAAAGUUUUAGUUAUUGGAGUAAAGUUUUCAAUGUAUUUACACGAUAGGCCUGUUUUGUUUGGUACAUGUGAGUGAUGCACCGCAGCCAUGGAGGAAGAUGGAAUUGCUGUGGUGGGAAUUGGAUGCAAUUUCCCAGGGGGAGAGGGCUUGGAGAACUUCUGGAAAGUUCUGCUGGAGGGACGGAACUGUUCUGUGCCCAUCCCCAAGGAGAGGUUUGAUGUGGCUGACUGGUACGACAAGGACGACAACAAGGCCGGGAAAUCACGGGCAGCGAAAGCCGCUCUCAUCGAAGGGUUCAAUGAGUUUGACCACAAGCUCUUCGGUAUCAGCGACAGCGAGGUGGAGCAGAUGGACCCCCAGCAGAAGCAGCUGCUCCAGUGUGUGUACCGGGCCCUGGAGAACGCCGGGCUGCCCAUGGAGAAGGCCAGCGGCUCCAGAACCGGAGUGUUCUUUGGACUGAUGAACAGGGACUACGAGCAGUCUGCCGCACACAUGCACCCCAGCGUGAUCAACCAUUGGACGGGCACGGGCCUGGCCAUGAGCAUCGCAGCCAACCGGGUGUCCUACAUCUUCAACCUGACCGGGCCCUCGCUGUCCAUCGACUGUGCCUGCUCCUCCUCGCUGGUCGCUCUGCACCUGGCCUGUCAGGCCAUCAAACAAGGAGACUGUGAGAUGGCGCUGUGCGGGGGGGUGAGCUGCAUCUUUGAGCCCAGGGUGUUUGUGGCUCUGAGCAAGGCCAAGAUGAUCUCCCCUGAAGGCACCAGCAAGGCAUUCUCCAGCCGGGCCGACGGCUACGGGCGGGGAGAGGGCUGCGGAGUGGUGCUGCUAAAGCCGCUAAAGCAGGCUUUGGCAGACCAUGACAAUAUUUGGGGCAUCAUCAGCAAAACUGCAGUAAACCAAGAUGGCCGCUCCGUCACUCCCAUCACUAAACCCUCGAUGAGCCAACAAGAGGAGCUUCUGCGCAGAAUCUAUUCCCAGUCCGACCUGGCGAUGGUCCAGUACAUAGAGGCCCACGGCACCGGGACCCCGGCCGGAGACCCCACAGAGGCGGGCAGCAUCUCCAACGCCAUCGCAAAAGCCAAACCUUCCGGCUCAGAGAAGCUUCGCAUCGGUUCAGUAAAGAGCAACAUCGGACACACGGAAUCAGCCGCGGGAGUAGCAGGUCUCAUCAAGGUCCUCCUGAUGCUGAAGCAUGAAACCAUCGUCCCGUCUGUGUUCUACUCCGAGGACAGCGGCAGUGUGGAUGCAGCUGCACUCAACAUAAAGAUCCCCACAGAGCCGGAGACUUGGAAGAGCUCUGGAGUACGACUAGCUGGAGUUAACAACUUUGGGUUUGGGGGAACGAAUGCCCAUGCAAUUGUUAAACAACACACGAAGCUUCACUCCACGAAAACCUGUAAGGCGAUGAUGGUAAGCAAAUACUUUGUCAUGUCUGCCAAUUCAUUAAAAUCCCUUUCAUGGAUGAUUGAAGACACCCUUGAACAGAUCAGUGCUCAGAGUGAGAUUGAUCUUGAGUGUCUCGUCUACACGUCGGCUUGUAGGAGGAGCCAUAUGAAACAUAAAUACAGGAAAGCCCUCUUAACCUCGUCCUUAGAGGAUCUGAAAGACCAGCUCCAAUCCACGCUCACUAAAAAGACCUCCCCUUCCUACUCUGAUCCACGGUUGGUGUUUGUUUUCUGUGGCAAUGGAGUCACCUACCACGGCAUGUGCAGACAGCUUCUGGAACACGAGACUGUGUUCAGGGACAAAAUCCAAGAGAUUGGGGAACAUUUUCUCACGUUCAGCAACAAAACACUGGACAUCAUGGACUACCUUGAGAGUGAGGUGGAGAGUAGGAACUUUUCCAAACCAGAUGUAGUCCAGCCUCUUCUCUUUGCCAUUCAGGUUGGCAUAUUCACUCUCCUCCGGCACUGGGGGGUCAAGCCUGAUGCCGUUCUGGGACAUUCUGUGGGUGAGGUUGCUGCUGCACAUUGUUCCGGUCUGCUUUCCCUAUCUGAAGCCGCUAAAGUUAUCUACACUCGUAGUACUUACCAAUGCAGGGUAACAGGAGGGAAGAUGCUUGUUAUCAGUAACAUGGAAGUAUCAGGUGUUGAGGAUAUUCUUCAACCGUAUGCUAACAAAGUUUGCAUUGCAGCCUUCAACAGCCUCCAAUCCUGCACUCUCUCAGGGGAUGCAGGAGCGAUAGUGAGCAUCCACGAUGAGCUCAAGGCCUCAGCCAAUGGUCAAAAUCUCUUCCUGCGCAUACUGGAUGUCCCUGCUGCAUACCACAGCUACAUGAUGGACCCGAUAUUGUCUGAGCUUAGUGAGAGUAUUGGCUCUUUGGGCGUGAACAAACUUGAGACAGAGUUGUUCUCUACUGUGACAGGCAAGGAGAUGGCGCAUCCUGAUUUCAGCACAGGAGAAUACUGGGCUAGAAACAUCCGUGACCCGGUGUAUUUUCAUCACGCUGUAAGCUCAGCAGCGAAAGGGAAAAAGAACGUAGUGUGUGUUGAGAUUGGUCCAAGGAGGGCCUUGCAAAGAAACAUCCAAGAAACACUGGGAAACACCACCUCUGUGCUUGCCUCUGUCCUGCCAGAGAAGGACCACGAGACAAUGCUCAGUGUUCCUUCUAAGCUUUUUGAAGUCGGGGUUCAUGUAGACUGGGACCAGCAUUAUAGAGGCUGUGAGACAACCCCGUUGCCUUUCCCAAGGUACAAGUUUGAUUGCUCCGAGAGGGAUGUGAUCAUUGGAGCAGCGCAGAAAAACACACCAAGCAAUCACCCCAUCCUCUGUCAAACAGGCAACGAAGGCAAUGUGUUCAGCUGCAAUCUAUGGUCCGACACAUCCUUUUACCUGCAAGAACAUAAACACAAUGGCAUACCCAUAAUCCCAGGCUCUUUCUAUGCAGAGCUGGGACUGUCUGCUUUCAUGGAAAGUGCCAAACCAAAAGUACCUCUGAACUCAGUUCAGCUCAGUGUCAACUUCCAAAAUCCGUUUGUUUUAGCCCAGAAGGCACCAGAAAUGAAAGUACAAUUAGAGUGUGCAGAGAAUGAAACUAGUUUCACUGUAUUCUCCUCAGCUGCUGUCUACGCAUCAGGAACAGUAUUUAGCAAGCAGGCAGGUUUAAAGCCACUGAUCUCCUUAACUUCCAUUUACAAAAGAUGCAAUUCUGUAGUAAGUUGUGAAGAAUUCUACAGAUAUCUGUCACAAGGCGGCUUUCAGUACGGGGAUGUCUUCCACAAUAAAGGCGAUGUACAUUAUGGAGAAGAAUUAAUGGAGGCUUACUCACAUAUCACAGUACCGGAAGAAUUGAAGUCGCAGUUGCAUGAGUACUGCAUACAUCCUGUUAUACUUGAUCUCCUGAUGCAACUCCUGCCGGUAACAGUGGCACAUGCAUUUGCUGGCAGGCCAGGGUUUCCUGCCAAAAUAGGGAGUCUGACUGUGUUUGAACCUCUGCAGGAUGAGAUGGUCGUAUAUCUCAGGGCGACUGCUGUGGGUGUUGAUGACUUUGAAGUGUGUGGAUGCAUCACUGACGAAGAUGGUAGGGUGUUGGUUGAGGUUAAGCAUGUGAUGAUCAAAUACCUGGGGAGUUCCUCCCAUGUGGUUGAGGAGUAUUUUUACCACAAUGUCUACAAUGUAGUCUCUGAAGAAAUCCUGUCCUCUCUACCUCCCAAGGCACUGGUUUUCUGUGACAGCUUAGGGAUAUCCAAAGGCUUACAACAACACAUUGACCCCGGAUCUAGAUACAUUUCUCUCUCACACUCAAGGGAUAUUCUAAAUGAUGGUUUCCCUACUCUGUUGGCAAACCUAAAGAUCACAGAUAUUAAGCAUAACUUUGAUGAGGUAUUGUUUCUGUGGGGUAAAGAAGACCUGACCUCAUUGGCACCGGACAAGGUCCUCGAAAAUCUGGUGGAUUGCUGUGAGAUCUUCCGACAAGUAGUUCUUGAGCUGAAGCAGAUUCAGUUUUCAAACUCUAUCCGUGCAAUAACGUACCGCUCAUCUGACGUCACGGUAGACUACAUCAGUGCAGGCUUUUCCAUCUCGGGCAUGACGAGGUCUUUCGCUGCAGAGAUCCCAAAUCUCUCCUUUCAGCUGAUUGAUAUAAAUUCAACUUCUGUCGAAGACAUUGCAGCCCUGGGCCAGGUGUUGAAGUCCUAUCCCUGCGAGAAGUAUCCAGAGUUGUUGGUAGAAGAUGGGGCAAUUUUGAAGCCUUCGAUUGUACGUACCCCUGUUCAAGUGGUUGACAGAUCAGAAGACAGUUGCUGCUCUCCAUUGUCUGAACCUUGUGUGCUAAACACAGAUGAUGCUUAUGCACUAACUAGCCUGUGUGCAAUUCCUUAUGAAACAUGUGAGGAUCUACCAAUCAAUGAGACAUCAGUUAAAAUUAACCUCAGUAAGAUAUGCGUUCAUUCAUCUGAUUACUUUCCUCAAACUGAUUCACACUUGAAAUUUGGCCACACCAUCUACUGGAACAAGCACACAUCUCAGAAUCACAAGUUGAUCGCUCUGGAUUUUAGUGGUACUGUAACAGAGGUUGGGAAGAACGUAAAGAAGCUGAAGGUUGGCGACCAUGUUGUCUCCUGUUAUCCUGUAGUUGCGGCCACUGAGAUCACAGUUCCAGAGGAGGUGUGCUACAAAACGAAAAGGUUACCGUUCCUCUGCAAAAUACCCUGCGUUUCGUACUUUGUGCUAGCAUGGGAGAUCAUACAUAAAGCCUUGCCCAGAGCCAAACAUCGCCUCGCAAUAAUUUCUUCUGCUCGUGACUCUGCUCUUGUCAAAGUUUUGGCCCUCACAUCUUACAAAUCAGGGUUUACCGUUAUAUUUGGCACACAGUCCAAUGGAUCCUUAGUGGAUGUGAGCCACGUGGAUGCUUGUAUCAUUCUGCCGCCAUUUGAUGAGUCGGUCAUUAUUAAAAGUGGCAAUAUUCCUGGAGUUUGCAAUGUCGUCGUCAUCUGUGAGUCUCAGUCAAAGUGUUUGCUAGCUCAAGAAGCGUCUAAAAUUGUCAAGGAGCGUGUCCAUGUGCAAAUCAUUCAAAUGCCAACAAUUCUUCAAAAGGGAAAUUUGAGUGCACAGACGCCACAUAUACAGCAUUGGCUUAAAUCCAUGAAGUUUGACCGGAAAGCUUUUGAUUUCGAGAGCUUUACCUUUCAGAGUGUGACUUUCAAAAACGUCAAUGUCCUACCCAUGAGCGUGGAGUCCUACUUCACCACAAGCUCUUUAGCGGUGGUUGCAUUGGCAAAAGAUCUCAAGGGCACUCUUUCCGAAAUCCCUUUGGUGCAAACAAAAAAACUGCUUUUCAGAAAGAGGUCAAUCUACGUAGUGGCAGGUGGUCUGUCUGGGCUUGGCUUGGAAACUGUCAAGUUCAUCUCACAGAGAGGCGGAGGCUAUGUUGUAAUCUUCUCCCGGAGCAAACCUACUUCAGAAGUACAGGAAGAGCUCAACAGCCUAGAGAAACAAUGUGGCACAUGUAUUACCACCAUGGAGUGCGACGUGUCUAUCUCUGAGCAUGUAAAAGGGGCUAUCGGUGCAAUUGGCCUAAGGUUUCCAGGCUGUCCAAUCCGAGGAGUGUUCCACAGUGCAGUUGUCUUACACGAUGGGCUGAUUGAGACCCUGAACCGAUCCCUCUACGAAAAGGUUCUGAAACCCAAAGUGAACGGUGCCUUGAACAUGCACCAUGCUACGCUUCACUGCCAGUUGGACUACUUUGUGUGCUACUCCUCCAUCUCGUCUUUCCUAGGAAAUGCGUCGCAAACAAACUACGCGGCUGCCAACACUUUCCUAGACACAUUCUGCCAAUACAGACGGAAGCAAGGCCUCCCUGGUCAGUCAAUCAACUGGGGAGCGAUGAACCUCGGAUUGCUUCUGAACAAGGAACACUUUCAAAGAUUCUUGGAGGCCAAGGGGAUGAUGGUGUUGGAGGUGCCCGAGGUGCACAAAAGUUUGGAGCAGUGCCUGGUCCUGAACAGACCUCAACAAGCUGUAUGCAGGUUUCACUUCAAAAACAUCCGGUACAACAUCCUCUCACAGAAUGUUGCUUUGACGAUGCGCAUGUCCGCACUCGUAGAAGAGGCUUUUCAAAAGUCCAAAGUCGAGGAAUCCCAGUCAAACCAAAAAGGCCCAGUCCCACCAAAAGAAUAUGUCAAAUCUCUUAUCAGCGAGACUAUCGGGAUCGACCUGAGCGAGUUGACAGAUGACCUCCCUCUCUCAUCUCUGGGCAUUGACUCAAUGCAGGCUAUGACUUUGCAAAAUCUCAUCUUUCAGGAGAGAGGUGUAAAUGUGCCCCUUGUUAAACUGUUGGACCCCAAUUCUACCAUCUCAACAGUGGCAGAUAGCCUGAACGAGGAGGAGACAGGAGGUCAGACAUCAGGCGAGGAUGGUUCUCCUCGUAUUGAGGACAUAGACGAUGACUCCACAAAAUUCUAAAUAAGUAAAUUGUAGAUAGUGCAGAGGCGUGGAACAAGUUAAUCUUACUAUGUCUACAUAUUUGGUAUCUCAGUUCUAGAGAAAGAAAAUUAUGUUUUCACGAUAUUAAUGUAGUCCAUUUAGAAUUAUUUUAUUUUCUAUUAUUAUAGAAAUGUCACUUAAUUAUUUUGACUCUAAGACAAGUGUUAUUUUGUAAUGUCUUCUUUGGUGUUCUAUCUGAUGAGUACAAAUGCUAAAGCUACUGACAUUUUUUAAUAUUGACCAAAUUCUGAUUCAUGGUAAUUGUCAGAAAUGAUUUGUCAUUGUUGAGGGGUACACAACUUGCAAAUAUUUAACAAUACAGCCAGGAUAAUGUGUACAGUAUUUUGCAAAGAUAUUGUUCUAGUUAUUGUUAUCAAAAAGAACACGCUCUUAAAGAGUUGCUAUUUUUCUAUUGUAAUUUUGUUUAAAGUGUAUUGGAUUUAAUUUGAAGAUGAGUAAACUGCUAAACAUAAUUUAUUCCAUUAUGCCAUGUCGGCUGUUUGUAAAUGUUCUAACGUUUAUUUAUAUUUGAAUUCAUAUGUUGGAUACAUUUAUUAAAGCUUCAUUGACAGAUGCUCUGUAUAUUAAUUUCCUGUUCUUGUUUCCCGGUUCUUUUUCACUGCACUAUAUUUGAAUCGAGCUCCCAGUCUGAAAGAAGACAACCCUGUUAUCCCAGUAGCAUGAGCAUGAGUGGAGGGAACCUUCAGCAGGCACUUAUUAUUAUUACAAUUAUCUGGUUAAUUAGUCUGGAAGGAAACAACCUUGACUGACCAUUACCAUGCAAUCAGUGCCAUCAUCAAUAUUUUUCCGUAAUCAGAUUUAUGAUGCUGGCAGAAUAACAUCAUAAAUCUGAUGAUGUUAUUUUUCUUGGAAGAAAAACGGUCUUUCAAGGUUGAUAGGUGAGGUGUUUUAUGACGUUGAGGUGUUUUUAUGAUAACAGACAUGGUUUAUAUAAGCAUGUGAUAAAUUAUCUAAUAAAAAUUUUAUUAUUAUGAUCGUCAGAGUACAAUUUUCUUUUUUUUGUCAUCACUAUUAAUAUAAGAAUAUUAUAUUUCAAUGCCACAUAUGUAUAUUUCCACACCACACUGUCGUGUAAAAGCCCUCCACUUGCUUCAAAGCCAUAUUACUGUUACACUUUCUGCAAGAAGGAACGGUUCUACAGCAGAUUUAUGGCUCA